UUCCGAAGGCGGAGAAGGCUCUAAGCCCCCCCUCCCCAUCCCCACCCCCUCCCCCCGGGUGCUGGCUCCAUGUCUGUGUGACCGGCCCCAGGGGUAGAGUCCAGGCCCGGAGCGGGGAGGGCCGGCGGCGGCUGAGGUGAGAGGCGGCGGCGGCGGCGCGGGCACCCGGCCCCCAGUGGGAGGAUGAAGCGGCGGAACGCCGACUGCAGUAAGCUCCGCCGCCCCCUAAAGCGGAACCGGAUCACCGAGGGCAUCUACGGCAGUACAUUUUUAUAUCUGAAAUUCCUGGUAGUGUGGGCACUUGUCCUCCUGGCAGAUUUUGUCCUGGAGUUCAGAUUUGAAUACCUGUGGCCAUUCUGGCUUUUCAUCAGAAGCGUCUAUGAUUCCUUCAGAUACCAGGGACUGGCCUUCUCAGUAUUUUUUGUUUGUGUAGCAUUCACAUCAAAUAUAAUAUGUCUGCUGUUCAUCCCCAUACAAUGGCUUUUUUUUGCUGCUAGCACAUAUGUAUGGGUUCAGUACGUCUGGCACACAGAAAGGGGAGUGUGUUUGCCUACAGUGUCCCUCUGGAUACUCUUUGUUUAUAUUGAAGCAGCAAUUAGAUUUAAAGAUCUGAAAAAUUUUCAUGUAGACCUUUGUCGUCCAUUUGCUGCCCACUGUUACUGGCUGGAUUUUCUUCUUUCUAGUAUUGGGUAUCCUGUGGUAACCUUGGGCUUUGGCUUCAAAAGUUAUGUAAGCUACAAAAUGCGAUUAAGGAAGCAAAAGGAAGUGCAGAAAGAGAAUGAAUUUUACAUGCAGCUUCUUCAACAAGCCCUCCCUCCAGAGCAACAGAUGCUACAGAAGCAAGAAAAAGAGGCUGAGGAAGCAGUGAAAGGAUUACCUGAUAUGGAUUCCUCAAUCCUUAUACACCACAACGGAGGUAUCCCAGCCAACAAAAAACUGUCCACAACUUUGCCAGAGAUAGAAUACAGAGAAAAAGGGAAAGAAAAGGACAAGGAAGCCAAAAAACACAACCUUGGAAUAAAUAACAACAAUAUUCUACAACCUGUAGACUCUAAAAUCCAAGAAAUCGAGUAUAUGGAAAACCAUAUCAAUAGUAAAAGAUUAAAUAAUGAUCUUGUGGGAAGUACAGAAAAUCUCUUGAAAGAGGACUCAUGCACUGCUUCCUCAAAAAAUUACAAAAAUGCCAGUGGAGUUGUGAACUCCUCACCUCGAAGUCACAGCGCCACAAAUGGGAGCAUUCCUUCCUCAUCGAGUAAAAAUGAGAAGAAGCAGAAAUGCACUAGCAAGAGCCCAAGUGCACACAAGGACUUAAUGGAAAACUGUAUUCCUAAUAACCAGCUAAGCAAACCAGAUGCACUGGUGAGGCUGGAACAAGACAUUAAAAAGUUAAAGGCUGAUCUGCAGGCCAGCAGGCAGGUAGAACAAGAGCUCCGCAGUCAGAUCAGCUCCCUCUCCAGCACCGAGCGAGGGAUCCGCUCAGAGAUGGGCCAGCUCCGGCAGGAAAACGAGCUGCUGCAGAACAAGUUACAUAAUGCUGUGCAAAUGAAGCAAAAAGACAAACAGAAUAUCAGCCAGUUGGAGAAAAAGCUAAAAGCUGAACAGGAAGCCCGAAGCUUUGUAGAAAAGCAGUUACUGGAGGAGAAAAAAAGGAAGAAGUUAGAAGAAGCCACUGCUGCCCGGGCUGUUGCGUUUGCCGCUGCGUCCAGGGGAGAGUGCACUGAAACCUUACGGAAUCGGAUCAGAGAACUAGAAGCAGAGGGCAAGAAGCUAACGAUGGACAUGAAGGUGAAAGAAGACCAGAUCAGAGAACUAGAACUGAAAGUUCAGGAGCUUCGGAAGUAUAAGGAAAAUGAGAAGGACACUGAGGUGUUAAUGUCAGCCCUUUCAGCCAUGCAAGAUAAAACACAACACCUGGAGAACAGCCUAAGCGCAGAGACCAGAAUCAAGCUGGACCUGUUCUCUGCUCUCGGCGAUGCAAAACGGCAGCUUGAGAUUGCCCAAGGACAAAUCCUUCAGAAAGACCAGGAAAUCAAGGACCUAAAACAGAAGAUAGCCGAAGUCAUGGCCGUCAUGCCCAGCAUAACAUACAGUGCUGCCACCAGCCCCCUGAGCCCCGUUUCCCCCCAUUACUCUUCCAAAUUUGUGGAGACCAGCCCCUCUGGACUUGAUCCCAAUGCUUCUGUUUACCAGCCCUUGAAGAAAUGAAGGCCAGCUGGGUGUUUUGCCCAGCCAUUUGGUUACCAGAAGGCAUCAAGAAGGAGUGUUCUGGCAGUCAAGAUAAAAAAAAAGUUUAUAUUGUA